GCAUACUGAGAGCCGCACACUGGAACUGGUUUCCUAACAAUUUUAAGUGUGCUCUGAGCUGUUUAUGUCAUGGAGUAAAAUUAGAUAUGUCUGUUGCUAAUACAGCAAUGAAACCUGAGAGCAAGCUAGACACAUGGGCACCUUCUCUUCAGGCAGAGUUGGGCAGCUUAGAUCCUUCAUUCUCAACCCAUAAGUAAUGGGCAAGUUUGAAGCUUUCUGUCUGCAAUAGAAAUCAGCCAACUGUGGUUAAUUCACCAGUGUGAUUUUCAAAAUUUCUAAGAUGGUCCGGGAGCAGUACACAGCCAGUACAGAAGGCACCCACAUAGAGAGGCCAGAGAACCAGUAUGUCUACAAAAUCGGCAUUUACGGCUGGAGGAAGCGUUGCCUCUACUUGUUUGUUCUUCUCUUGCUCAUCAUCCUUGUUGUGAAUUUUGCUCUUACAAUUUGGAUUCUUAAAGUGAUGUGGUUUUCUCCAACAGGAAUGGGUCACUUGCGUGUGACAGGAGAUGGCCUUCGUCUGGAAGGAGAAUCGGAAUUCUUAUUCCCACUGUAUGUCAAAGAAAUACACUCCAGAGUGGAUUCAUCUCUGCUUCUACAGUCAACUCAGAAUGUUACCAUGAAUGCACGAAACUCAGAAGGGGAAGUCACAGGCAGGUUAAAAGUGGGUCCCAAAAUGGUGGAGGUCCAGAAUCAGCACUUUCAGAUCAACUCAAAAGAUGGCAAGCCGCUAUUUACCGUAGAUGAAAAGAAAGUUGUGGUCGGUACAGAUAAGCUCCGAGUAACUGGGCCUGAAGGGGCUCUUUUCGAACACUCAGUGGAGACACCCCUUGUCAGAGCCGACCCAUUUGAAGACCUAAGGUUGGAAUCUCCCACAAGGAGUCUCAGCAUGGACGCGCCGAAGGGCAUUCAUAUCAAUGCUCUUGCUGGGAAGAUAGAGGCCCUUUCUCAAAUGGACAUCAUUUUUCAGAGCAGUGAUGGAAUGGAAGGUGUAGCUGAGAUGCACGUGGAUGUGGUAUCCUCCUCAAGGAGGCCAAGAGCGGCCACUCCAGAUGUGUGGAUGAGACCUGGCAACUGCAGCCUGCAGGAAGGACAUAAAAGGCAUCUGGAGAAGCCAGUGCAAGCUGUAAUGUAUGAGGGGAUGAUACAGUAUAAGGAGCAGAUAAAGGCAGAAAUGGAAAUCAGGAAUUUUGGAAUCUCACUAGUAAGUCAUGUCACUACAUGCUUAAAAUGUAUUACCUUCAAAAAAUUUAAACCGAUCUUAAUUUUAAAAAGAUACAAAUUUCUAUUAAUUAGGCAUCAUUUUUAUAAGUACCACACAUCCAGUCCCUUAAUUAGAACCCACAUUGCUUAUUACUGGGAGCUAACUCAAAGUGAAAAGGCAGACGCCCAGCCUCUCACCAAAUACUGUCCCAAUGUUAUGGCCUGUGUCAGAUGUCCCCACAAAGCCUCAUGCAGUCAUAGAUGGGGCUUUUCAGAGAUGGCUGGAUCUAGGGUGUGUGAUGCUGGGAUCAAGGAUGCGAUGCUAGGAUUAAGGGUCUGAGCGCGUCCUGCCCUAAGGGUGGGUAGCCUGGAUAAAAUAUAAGGGGACAGAAAGAGACUUGUCAUGGUGGCUUGCUGCGAUGCUGCCAUCUGCCUUCUGCCUACCCUGCUUUGGCAUGGACUUUUUCCUCUGUGAUGCUCCUCUGCCAUGCCACCCUGCCUUGGAGCCAACUAUGGACUGAAAUCUCUACAAACUGUAAGCCAAAUAAACCUUUUCCUCUUUUAACUUUGGGUGUCAGGUAUUUUGUCUCAGCCAUGAGAAAAAGUAACUAAAAUGCCCAUAAAUUCAGAUGACUAUGAAGAAGGAAGUGGUGUGAGCUGCCAGUCACUAAAGCUUCCUGGAGAAGAGAGGUAAAAUGAUAACUAGGAAAAAAGUGACCAUUUGACCACAAGAAAGGGGAGAGGAAAAGCCAACAAGUUAAAAGCCUACUAGAGAAAAGCAGGUGCCCAAAGAACCCCAGGCUUUGGGCAGUAACCUAGAGGCGCUGCGUUUUAAACAGUGAUGCCCACUGGCCUUCGUCUGCUCUGACAGUGUGCCAGAGGGAAGCUCCACCCAUCACGCUUGCAUUGGGUCCCCAUUGCUCGUGGCACGGCCAACAUCCCAGGGCAAUGUUGAAGGUAGACACCUGUAUAUUAGUAGACUGGGUAUCAUGGUAAGAGCUCCAUAAAAUUAAGGAAGACUGAGUGUCUUAGAAAGGCAGAAAAUUAUCCUUACCCACAACACACUUUAAUUCCUUCUAACAAGUGAACACCCUGGGAUGGGUGCUAGGAUCAGUGUGACAAUUUUUAUUUCCUUAUUAAAAAGGUUUCCUAGCCUUCAUCAAUAGCUAUUUGUUUGCAUUUCAAUACAACUAAGUUAUAUGACCAGAAAACCUAGUCACUUUCAUUGUACAGUACUUGAAUUGGCUUUAGUCUGUGCCUAUUCCUUCUAAGAGAAGGCAACGGAGACCUGAGCAAUAUUUAAUAGCUAAGGAUAUAGAUGAUAGCCAAUAAGGUGAAUUUAAUUACCUCUCACAGGAAAACAAAAUCACAAAUAAAAUCAGAAAACAUUCUGACACAGGGAAAAUUUACUAAGAUGAAUUUAUUUCUGUGGACUGCAUGUUAUCCUAAUGGGGAGAUGAUUUAAUAUAAAGUCAAAAUUUAUCACAAAAUAAAUGUGAAUCCACAAAACUAUUUUUUUCAAAUAACUCCAAAAGGCACUUUAGAAGUAUAGCAUCAUAAAACUGAAAAGCAAUCCAGUUUAUUGAACACAAUUGGCCAAUUUUCCCAGCUGGACUAGCUCAAUGGGUAAAUAAAAAAGUGGCCUGCCUUCAAUUUGGAGAAAUUGCCAAGCCUCUGUCUACAUGCAAAAUAAAACUUG